UUUCAGGAAAAAAAGCUCUUAUUUUGAUUUAUCGAAAUCGGUCUAGUUAAUACGAAAGGCAUAACGAGAUACACCACGAUUAAUUAUAUAGACACAGAAUCGAUAUAAAAAAGUCGAAAAGAUAGCACAAAAGUACUAUACAUAGGGGUCAAGAUUCAUGAUCAAGAAUGAAAAGCAUAAAGUAUAACUUUGAGAUAAUGAAAAGAGUUUAGAAUCUCAUUCCAAUCCCACAAAGUUAAUAAAACAAAACAUUUUUUUAAAUAUUAUUUAUUUAAUCAUCAAAACAAAACCCAUAUUUCUCAAUCUUCUUGUGUUUAAGGUUUGGAAUCUUGGAUUGGUUUAAUUUGUUCUAACAUCAAACCUAAUUCCUAGGAUAACAAUGUCAGCAUGCCUGUAGAUGAAGCAUUGCAUCUCACACCCACAAGCCACCGCCGCCAUUGAAGCUAUUAUCAUCUUCUUAUAUCAAACUUGUCACAAUCUCUACUAUUUUCUCUUCAUUUCAAGAAUACCAUGGCCCUUUUCUCCUUCUUCUUCUUCUCGUUCGUUCUUCUCUCGAGUUCUAAUCCCUUUUCAAAUGUUGUGGUGGUAGAUGCCUUCACCGGCACGUACGGAGUAAACUACGGCAAACUAGCGAACAACAUCCCCCCACCGGAGAGUGUCGUAACCCUACUAAAAGCCGCCAAGAUAAAAAACGUCCGAAUCUAUGACGUGGAGCCUGCAACACUACGAGCCUUCAGUGGGUCCGAGAUUGAGAUCAUAGUGGGCCUCGGAAACGAAUUCCUUAGGGACAUAAGCGUAAACCCGGACCGGGCGGUCCAAUGGGUCAAGGAAAACGUGGAGCCCUACCUCCCGGGUACCCACAUUGCCGGCAUCGCUGUCGGCAACGAGAUCCUCGGCGGGGGGGACCCGGAGCUCUGGGAGGUCCUGGUCCCCGCCGUGAAAAACGUCCACAACGCCCUCGAGCGGGUCGGCCUGUCGGGCCGGGUCGAGGUGUCCAGCCCGCACUCGGAGGCCGUUUUCGCCACGACGUACCCGCCGUCCGCGGGGGCGUUUAAGGAAAGCGUGCUCCCGUACAUGACUCCACUCCUCGAAUUCUUCGCGCAAAUAAAGACACCUUUCUAUAUAAACGCGUACCCGUUUCUAGCGUACAUGAGCGACCCGGCCCACAUCGACAUAAAGUAUGCCCUGUUCGAGUCGAACCCGGGAAUCUCCGACCCGAAGACGAAGCUGCAUUACGACAACAUGUUCGACGCGCAGGUGGACGCCGCGUACUUCGCGCUCGAGAAGAUGGGGUACGGCGGCAUGCCGGUGAUCGUGUCGGAAACCGGGUGGGCUUCGAAGGGCGACGAGAGCGAGGCCGGAGCGAAUCUGAAGAACGCCAGGACUUAUAACCUUAACUUGAGGAAGAGGCUUCUGAAGAGGAAGGGGACUCCAUACAGGCCCAAAGUGGCGGUUCGGGCUUAUGUUUUUGCCUUGUUUAACGAGAAUAUGAAGCCCGGCCCGACUUCCGAGAGGAACUUCGGUUUGUUUAAGGCUGAUGGGAGUGUUUCUUAUGAUGUUGGCUUCACUGGUCUUGUUCCCAGUUCUUCACCGCCUUCUUCUUCUUCUUGUGUGAUCUACGCCGCCGCCGCCGCGGCGGCGGCGGCGGGGGUUCUGGUGUUCUGAGCGGUGGCCGGCAGUUUGGAACAGAGGAUGCAGAUUGUUGUUUAAUAUAAAUUAAUUAAUUCAUUCAUUCAUUUAUGCUCAAAAAAUGUACAUUGUUGAUUUCUUUGAACAUCAUAAUUGAACAAAUUCUGGAGUGAUUCCCAUUUCUGAAAUGUACCACUGGUUUUCUAGUUUA